GUUACUGUAAGAAAGAUGGACUCCAAGGUGGACCUCGGGAAGUUACCAUUUGGUCUGUGCCGGCUGCUACCUGAUCAGCACCUGCACAGUCACUCCCUUCAAGGGCAGGGAAACCUUGUCUGCAGUAAAAAUAUGACUUCCUUCUCUCUUCUCUCUUCCUGUGGCACAAAUUUUGAAGGAUCUCCUUUAUCUCAUGAAUACCUAGCAAUCAUCCCUGAGCUACCAUUUCCCAAAAUUCAGCUCUUUUCCUACGCAGGAUUUGCAGAAUUGAUUUCCCAUCCUAGCUGCCCUGUAUGUCUUCCUCGGUGCCAGAGUCUGCUGCUCACCCAGAGGGUCCCUGACAGGACCUUGGAGCCAGAUCCAGCCCCUUAUUGUGAGAUCAGUGCCAACUCUGCCAUUGACACAGGUCUGAGGAUCAACCCCUUUGCUUUAGGCACCUUUCGAUCCAGUUUAGAAGCCUGUGUCCGUUCACAACCAACACUCAGAUCCGAAGCAGUAGCACUGUGUUCCAACUCAGGCGUCUGUGUGGUUGGUACUGCAGCUGAAUAUGUAAAAUCUCGACUCCCAGAGGCCCUUAAACAGCAUCUUCAGGACUAUGAGAAAGACAAAGAAAAUAGCGUAUUGUCUUACCAGACCAUCCUUGAACAGCAGAUUCUGUCAAUUGACCGAGAAAUGCUAGAAAAAUUGACUGUAUCCUAUGACGAAGCAGGUACAACAUGUUUGAUUGCCCUCCUAUCAGAUAAAGACCUCACCGUGGCCAACGUGGGUGACUCGAGAGGGGUCCUGUGUGACAAGGACGGGAAUGCCAUUCCUUUGUCUCACGAUCACAAGCCUUACCAACUGAAGGAAAGAAAGAGGAUCAAGAGAGCUGGAGGUUUCAUCAGUUUCAAUGGCUCCUGGAGGGUCCAGGGAAUCCUGGCCAUGUCUCGAUCCCUGGGGGAUUAUCCACUGAAAAACCUCAACGUGGUCAUCCCAGACCCAGAUAUCCUAACCUUUGACCUGGACAAGCUCCAGCCUGAGUUCAUGAUCUUGGCAUCAGAUGGCCUCUGGGAUGCUUUCAGCAAUGAAGAAGCUGUCCGAUUCAUCAAGGAGCGCUUGGAUGAACCUCACUUUGGGGCCAAGAGCAUAGUUUUGCAGUCAUUUUACAGAGGCUGCCCUGACAAUAUAACAGUCAUGGUGGUGAAGUUCAGGAAUAGCAGCAAAACAGAAGAGCAGUGAACCCUUUGGGGUCUCAGCUGCCUUAGACUAAAGGACUUUCAACACACUGAUCUCUUUUAAUGUAGUGCAAGGUGUGGGAGUUGCAGUAGGAUCAUCCAUCCCAGACAUGGGCCCCCUCCCUGGCAGCCUUAGGUCUGUAUGCAGUGAUGAACAGAGGGUGCUCUUGGCCAAUGUAGUUGAGAGGCUGGAAAAUGGUUUCUUCAUAUUUUCCCAGCUCUUUCAUCCAAUGUUCCAAAUAUAUAAAUAUCUAGCUGUAGAUGCACAUGUAUGAAGUGAUUGGCAUAUGUGCCAUAUAGUCUCUAUUUUAAGAUUCUGUUCAAGAUCCCUUACAGGGCCUUCUCGGCAUCAGACUUUGUGUCCUCUCUUUGGAGCAGUGAGCAGGGCAGGCUCCCAGAGCUGUGGGAGACAGGCCACAGGUCACCUGUGAGUUGGGGCCUGUGUGGCAGCGCCCUUGCCGAGAAGCAGCUGUCUGAGGAUGCUCUGUCUGCCCGAGCCCAGGUUUUCUGCUCAGCAGCAGCUCAGACAGAUUUGGGAUGGUUUAUUAUUCCGCAGCCUCUCUUGGAGACUGAAGGAAGCGGGGAGGAUGAGAGCUGCCUGCACAGCAGAAAUAACCUUUUUCCCUCCCUCCCUUUAUUAGUUAAAUAGACUUUGUGUACCACCCGACCAGUCUUUGCGCGUUUAUCCUAACUGUGCAUGACCUUAACCUUUGGCUUACCCUCACCUUAGACGAGGCUGCUGUUAACUUCACCUCCAGACACCAUGAGUUUUGUCUUUCGUUACCAAGAAACCUAUUAGAGGAAAUGAAAAAAGCAAAUCACUAUACCACAAUCCCUUCCAUCUUUAAGGGCAGAUAGAGGAAAAUAAUGGCUGAAUAAGUCCCAGUGCCCCUUGGGAAGUCUGCUCUUUGCACUGGGAUAGAAAGCUGGCGAGGUGACCCCUGCGCCGAGCUCCAGCUGCCAGUUUUCGUGCAGGGUGUUUUCUCCUAGCCCAGCAGCUUUCGAGUGUCUCUCGAGCAGUGAUCUGGGGAGCAGUGGCCGGGAGCUGCAGGUUUGUUCCUUGCCGCCGAGGCCAGUGCCCAGCGCAGGUUGGAAUUUAGUGGUGAACUGCUGGGAUGUGCUGCUCUUGCAGCGGACGGGCCGCAGCCUUUAACUGUUGGUCGCAGAUUUCCCGCGGCCCCGGGCAGCUUCCCCUGCUCCUGCCCUGCGCUCAGUGCGGCAGAGUGGGUUGGAACUCAAGCUUGAACCUGUACUGUUAAGCCCCCCAGAGUUAUCUUGGGGCCAGGCUUGCUGCUCUCCAUUUCCUAUCACCAAAGUCAUGUUUCCAAUCUCAGUAUUUUAGCAGUUAAUUGACAGAAAUGCUGGGUCAGCCUGUUUGCCUGACUGAAGUGGCUCAAACAGCCAAACAAGAUUUUCUUUGCAUUCCCAGCUCCCUUGUCUGAAAUGCCGGGGUGUCCUCCUGGUUUUGGGGUGGGCAUUUGUCGUUAGGCCUUCUUGAAGGCCCCAUUCACUGGCCGCCUCCUGCCCAUGCUGUCCCUCCCCUGCCCUUCUUCAGCUGUGGAGCUUUCCAGAAGCAGCUUCCAGGAGAGAACUCGAGAGGAUGAAAAGCUUCCGUUGUGGCUGCCGAGGACCGCAGUCUGUUUAGAUUCCUCCAAGCACUUAAUUUUGUUUGAUUGUAAUGAGAGUUAACAAUGAUUUCCCAAGAACUUUGCUUACUUUUGUAAACUGUAACAUUAGGAUUUCCAAUAUUAGAAUUAGAACCCUGGUUAUUUAUUUUUUUAGCCAUAGAAUGUUCUAGACAAGAUACCUGCCACCAUUUUAGAUUGAAGUGUUUGUUGAAAGACACUGAACAUUGGGAUGUGUCAUUUGGGGUGGGGGUUGGGAGGGAAUGUGGGGAACAUAGGGGUUGUGAUCAGUAAUGGGACAGUCAAGCCUGGUGGCCUGAGUGUUCCUGGGGAUUCAGGACAUCCUGACUCGGGGAGUUACCAAACCCCACAUCUAACUGACGUUCAGGACUAAGCAGCCUCAGCAUUUCAUGGUACACAGUCAUUUUCCUUCUUCAUUUUUAACUUAACCCCAAAAUCCAUAAGAAGGGAAAGACAUUUUUAAAUUCCUGUGAUGAAUGUUAUUGUCUAAAAUGAAAAUAGUAAUGUUCUGGUGAAGUUGAAAAAGCAAAGCUACUAAAUUAGUAAAUUAGUGUUUAUUUACCCUGCAAAAUGUCUUAACAGACGGUGCUGAGUGCAGGGGCGUGUGACUUUCCCUCUAGUUCAGGUUCACAGGCAUCUUCUAAAUUUUGCUUUGUAGAAUUAAUCCAUUUCUGACUUUAACCAAGUACUGUGGGUAUUUCCUAGUCCCUUUCUGCCUCUUUUCCUCCCACUUUGGCUUGUAGAUUUUUUGACGAUAGAAGUUUGAGAAGUAGAGUUGAUUAGUAGUUAGGUCUAAAGUCCGAGUCCUCUGCUGUCUUCCCCUGUCCCCCUGGGCCUUCUCCCUGCCCCUCGUCCAGCUGUCGGUCUGCAGGCCUCAGCUCAGUGCCCUGAGCGCAGGCCACUGCCCUGUUCUGUGGCCUCGGGCAGGUGGAGUCUGGCUGUAGGGACAAUGAUUUGAGAAGACUGCCUCUGAGGCUUCCCUAGACAGCACUGCCAAAGCUUUGGAAUUGUCGCCUGAGGCUACCUAGACUCCCUCACCUGAGUUCAAGUUGCCAAUAGCCCCCAUGGUGCCAAAUUUGGGGAUGAUUUUACAGUCUUUUAGAAGUGAAGCUGGGAAAGAACAGGCCGUGCUCAUGAGCCCCCAGCAGGAUGCCAGCCCAGGUCCUCAUAAUGCACUGCGCUGCUGCUACUGCUCCCCGGUAAUGUGGACUCUUAAAAUAGGUUGGGAUUUAGCGGGGAGGGGGGUAGGCAGGAAAAUCUUUUAAAAAAUUCAUUGUAUUUGCAAUUCUCUAAUCAAAGGAAUAAACAGUACUUAUGUGGAAACUCCAAAGCUAGUUCCCAAGACCUGCAUUUAUUUUAUGUGGCCAACUUGCCCAAGGCACUUAACUCUGAAGUCCUGUUCUAAUAUGGCGUGACUGACCCGUGUGAAGACGUUACUGGUCACCAGUGGCUACUGGUGAUUCCUCGCUGUGAAUCAAGGUUCUGGCCUCUUGAAUCUUGUCUAUGGAACAAGAAUAUUACAGAGAGCGUUUUAUAGAGUGAAGGAGCUUAUGAAAUCUGGGUAGUUUAAAACAGGCCUAAUCUCAUACACCUGUAACGAACAUUCAACCCGCGUACAUUUUGUGCAAACAGCAUUGCGUUUCAGUUCUAUCUGAAGUGAUUCUAGGAAACUGAUUACACUGUUGAAUUGAUCCCUGGGGAAUCUGGUUAUUAAUACAUGAGGGAUUCACAAAGGCAGGGCUCCCUUUUUCCUUUGCCAGGCACACCUGGAUCUUCCCGAUUGUUUUCCUCUCAGCUGCCAAGUCUAACUCUUGCAACUGUGUCAAUGCAGAAGGUUUAGAAAGGGCAACAUUUCAUUUGAAAGUAUAGGAAUACAUACUCUGGGUAAAGCUUUAUUUUCCAAUGAUUUCAGAAAUUUUCUUCCUCCUUUUGACCCAUCAUUAAACUGAUCUUCCCUUAAUAUUCCCCCAAAACUGCCUUAGCUUGUCACACCAGCAUUCUUGACCCAGCUCUGCAGAAAUGACAUGACUGUUAGAUGCCAUGCUGGGGCCUAUUUAAUUGCCUCUGGAUUAAAUUGUUGAUAUCUAGACUUUUUGAGCUAGUUGGCUGAACACCGCAGGAGUGAUAGAAUCCAGUGUUCCCCAAAGUGUGUUCCACAGAACACAAGUUCUAAAGAUGCUCUUUCCUCCAAAUAUAGAGUUCCAGGGUCAAUGACUUUGGGAAACAUAUUAUCUUAGAAAGUUCAUGCAUAUAAGCACAGUGAAAAUUCUAAUUUAAAGGUCCUAAAGAGGGAAAAAACACAUCACAAAUGUCAUUUCAGUUAGCUCAGUGUUUUCCAGAUUAAUAUGACCACAGAAACUUUUUUGAGUGACACCUAGUGACAGGAGCUCGUGUUCCAUCCGCCCCACUUUGGGAAAUUCUGGCGUAUGGCAACGUUACUGUUUUCUCAUUCACUGUGACUCUUGAUAGUAGCAGCACAGCGUGCAAGUGAGAAGCACUGAGCCUUUCACUAAGAGGCCGAUUGCUGUGAAAGCCGUGGUGGGAAAGAGUAUGAUUUAGUUUGCCCAUCGGCCUCACGUGGACGCAGGAGCCCAGCAAUCCAGCUUGAAGCUCUAAACGCCGUCUCCCCUCUUAUGUGAGUAAUAAUAAGCAAGAGCCGUGCCAUAGCUAGGGCUUUCUCAAAUUCAUUCCAAGAUUGAAUCGAAGUAAAUAUUUUUACAUUUCAUCACUAUGUGAGAGUGAAGAAAAUAAUUGAAAAUAAUAGGAAAGAGGGAAAAGGCAUAUUUGGUUUUAAUUCAUUUUUUAAAUUUUAAGUAGAUUUUUAAAAUUAUGUAUCCAUUGUAUAAUAAUGGAAAUGUAAACUAUUAACACUUACUCUCUUUCCUCUGUCAUUCUUUCCAGAUUCAAUGAAAUGAUUUGAAAUCAAAGCUCUUUCGUUCUAAACUCCCAUCCCGCGUGGUCCCACCUUUCACAUUUUAUGGACUAAUUGAGUUUGGCAAGUUACCUCUUGCCUGACAUGCGAGGCUUGACUCCCGCUCCCUGCUCAUCACUCAGCCUGGGGGGUUGUUUGGGAAGCUGUGAGCGAGAACCCCAAAAUAACGAAUGAAACAAAUCUAGUUGAAAACAUGGUACAAAGGGAAUUUAGAGUAAAAUCAUUAACUUAAAAUCCUAUUUAAUAUAUACUUGCCUUCUGGACAUUAUCCAAAAUAGUAAAAAACUGAAAGUAAAGUCACUUAGGCUAGGUGGCAGAUUUUGAAGGGCAAGCAACCGUUGACACCACAGGGCUUCCGUUAGGUAUGUGCUUCUGAAGUGUUUUCUAAUAUGUAAACUUCUUUGCUAAUUCUUAAUAACGUUGAUGCUUUGUCCAUUAUUUUUUAUUUUUACCACUGUUAAGCUGCAAACUAUUUAACCAAGGGUUGAUUAUGAUGAUUUUUAUGUGUUUGGUAAUAACCACCCCACCAUCUGUACCAUCAUUUUAAUAAAUCCAAGCUAAGGACCUUGAAGAGA